AUGGAUGUUGGACGAAGCUUGAACCCAGCUGUAGAUAUUGGCCAGAUUGAAGGUGCAUUCAUGCAGAGUUAUGGCAAUUUCACAUGUGAAGAGAUAACAUAUGAUGACAAAGGGAAACUUGUUGAAGAUUCUUUUGAUAAGUACAAGUUACCCACACCCACAAUGACACCAAAAAGGUUCCGCGUCAAACUGCUCAAGGAGUCGGACUGCUUUGAGGGACAGGUUUAUUCUUCGAAGGGUGUUGGAGAACCGCCGAUGAUGCUUGCCGUUGGCACUUAUGCAUCACUUCGAUAUGCCAUCACAGCACGACGUCGAGAUCUUGGUAAAACGGAUUUCCUGGAAGUCAGGGCUCCCUUAACAGCUUCAAGAAUAGUAUCGUACUGCAAUGCUAACUGA